AUGAUUGAUGGAAAACACCUGUCACUUCACCUGCCUACAAAACCAGCUGGCAACACCGGUUCGGCCAGAGUGGCAGUGAUGCAUCACCAAGUCAUCCGUGAGGGGGAGCUUAGCCAGGUGGCCGUGGGACUCAAAAGCAUGGUUUACAAAUUUUCCAUUCGCACUUCGAAAGAUCUUUAUGAUUACUGUGUUCGCGCGUUUUCAGUGGACUUGGACUCGAUAUCGUUGAUGGAUUGUGAUGAAUUAAAUGACCCUGCGUUGGUCCUCGGUGUCCAGGCGGACAGCGAGGUGGACCGUUCUACACAAUACCAUGGUGGGAACCAGGAUGUCCGGUCCAGAAGAAGCAGUGUCCCUGAAGCGAUGAUGACCACACAAUACAACUGGAGCCGUGGCUGA